GCCUCUGAAUUAGGACUGAACUGAGAAGGUUUUAUACUGUAACGCCUUUAAAAUUGUCUUCGCAUGUGGUAAUCUAGGGUUAUUGCUUAAGUCCAACCAGAAACUAAACUUCCUCUUAUUAAAAACAUGUCUAGGUUUAAUCGGAGAUAAUUGUAAUUUACUCUUCUCUUAGCUGUGCACUAGAAGGGGGUAUUAAAGCAAAACAUCUUUCUUUUCAGUUCAGUAGUACACAGCAGUUCCUGUAGAUCGCAGUGAAGAAUACAGUAUUUUACAGAGAAAAGAAUGGAAAAUGCCAAUCGCCGAACCUCUGGGUCUAGUAAUUCCAGCUGCACUGAUCUCCAGUUAAAGGAAAGCAUGUACAUCACUGCGGCCACUCUCUACAGCAUCAUCUUCCUGCUGGGGGUUGUCGGCAACGGAGUGGUCAUCUGGAUCACUGGUUUCAAGAUGACUAAGACCAUCAGCACUGUAUGGUUUCUGAAUCUGGCAAUCGCAGACUUCAUUUUUGUAGCCAUGCGUAUUUUUUCAGUGGUGAGAGAGAUGAUGCAGUAUCAGUGGCCGUUUGGCAGAAUGGUUUGCAGGCUAACCUAUUUUGUCAAGUAUCUAAACAUGUUCUCCAGCGUCUUUAUCCUCAUGGUAAUUAGCAUUGACCGCUGUGUGUUGGUGAAUUAUCCGGUUUUCUGCAAAAAGCACCGGACAGUGAAAACUUCCUCUGUUGCUAUUUCAGUGGUGUGGGCUGCUGCCAUCCUGCUCAGCUCGCCCUAUAUGAUCUUCACAGAUGUAUUUUUCGACAUCAAGAACAACCAGACCAAAUGCACCUACACUUUCGGCAAUGGAGAUAUCAACUACAAAUCAAGAGAGGUUCUCAUUUUAUACAUCGUUCGGUUCAUUGUUGGGUUUGUGGUCCCUUUUGUGGUAAUCACGGUUAGCUACGUGACCAUCGGCUGGAAGGUUAAAGGCAAGAACUGGGCCAAAACAUCCCGCAUGUUUAAGAUCAUCCUGAUUACCGUGGUGGCCUUUUUCAUCUGCUGGCUCCCGUACCAUAUUUUCACCUUCCUCAAAAGAAGCACUUUGCCUAAAUGUCACCUCCUUCUAGGAUACCGUCUGGCAGCCAGCUUGGCCUACUUCAAUAGCUGCCUAAACCCUAUUCUCUACUUUUUUGUGGGUUUCUGCAGCAGGCGAAACUUCCCCUGCUCCUUGUUGUCUGUCUUAAAAAAUGCAUUCAGUGAGGACUCUGAGAAAUCAAGUGACAGUCAAUCAUCCAAAGUGAGCGUUCAAUUAAAUAAAUAUACCAGUCAACGACGACCGUUUCAAACAGGAUUCUGGCAACAGGACCGCUAUAAAAUAGGCACUUCUUGUAAAGACAACCUACAAUUUUAAAAAGGCAAAAGGGCUUUGCUUUCUGCACACAAAGCUCCCAAACAUCGCUCUGAACAGACAAAUCUGAAGGCACAGUGUGAAGUCCUGUGCUUCAGGUGUUGUUGAAACAGUUACAGUGCAGGAUCAAGCUUUACCAAUGGACUGGUUCCCAUAAGACUGGGUGACAAUCGAUAGCUUUGGAAAGGUUUUGACACAGUAUCUACUUGUUAGUGAAAUCUGUGUAACUGAUUUUUUUUUUUUU